AUGGCCUCCAAAAACACCGCCUCAAUUGCUCUCUUUCUUGUGUUUAACCUUGUUUUGCUUAACGUAGCCUUUGCUUCAUAUGUAGCACGUCCUCUUAAGUCAUGCCCCCCGGAUACCCUUAAGUUGAACGUGUGCGCAGAUGUGCUUGAUCUUGUUCACCUUCGCGUUGGAUCUCCUAAGAAGGCAGCUUGUUGUAGCCUUGUAGGUAACCUUAUUAAGCUUGAUGCCGCUGCCUGCCUUUGCACUGCGGUUCAUGCUAAUGUGUUAGGCCUUGUUAACCUCAACCUCAAUGUUGAUCUUACGGCUCUUGUCAACUAUUGUGAUUGCAAGCUCCCUAGUGGCUUCCUAUGCCCUCCUCGUCAUGCCUAA